AUGACGCUCAUCGUGACGAAGACUAAUAAAAGCCUCAAGGGUCACAAGGCAAUCAUCUUUCUGAAUACCGAGUCUCCCAAAACACAAGUCGAAGCUAUCCAGAAACAAUUCCCUGACCUGACCAUCAAGACAUUCAUUGAGAAGAAGCAUAACGAGCCUUUGGAGCCUGAGUUUGAUGAAAAGGAAUGGAAAGAUACUACCAUCAUCUUGACCGCCGUGGCCACUGUUCACCUGCUGCCGAAGCCAGAGCAGGUGCCUCAUCUGCAGUAUAUCCAGCUUACUAGCGCUGGUGUAGAUUAUUUUACCAAGAAUCCCCUGUUUGCCGAUACAAAGAUUCCUAUCUGCACAGCUAGUGGAGUUCAUGGGCCUCAAACCGCUGAGUGGGUCAUCGGGACUUAUCUUUCCCAUAGACUUCGAUUGAAAGAAUACUCCAAGCUACAGGACCAAGGCCGAUGGUACCGCCUCAACAAUGACCCCGAAGAUGCCACAGAUACAGCUGGCAAACGAAUUGGGAUCUUAGGGUACGGAAGUAUAGGGCGUCAGACAGCUCGUCUAUCCAAGGCACUAGGUCUGGACGUCCACGCUUACACUCUCCAUCCUCGCAACACCCCGGAGUCUCGUCGCGAUGACUCCUACACGCCCCCAGGCCUUGGAGACCCAGAGGGUGAAUUCCCUAGUAAAUGGUUCUCAGGCGGGUCCAAGGAAGAUGUCCGCACUUUCCUCGACUCAGGCCUCGAUAUCGUUGUCAUCGCAUUACCGUUGACUGACAAAACAAGGGAUCUGAUUUCCAAGCCCGAGUUUGACAUACUCACCAAGAAGAGAACGUUCGUCGUCAAUAUCGCCCGUGGACCUAUUGUUAACACGAAUGAUCUUAUCGAGGCGUUGAACUCUGAAAAGAUUGUGGGCGCGGCGCUGGAUGUUACUGAUCCUGAGCCGUUGCCUGAGAACCACCCUCUCUGGAGCGCAAAGAAUGUGAUUAUCACGCCUCAUAUUAGUGCGAACUCCUCGUUCUAUUACAAGAGAUUGUUCGACAUUUUUGGAUUAAACUUGGAGAGAUUGGGUGCGGGGCAGAGUGAUCUUAUCAACAAGGUCAGCAGACGCGAAGGUUAUUAG